UUCAAUUCAAAAGCUUCCCUCUACCGCGUCCUGCUCUGCGCCUGCGCCUUGCCCGCCUUCAGUCAAUGGACUGGCCAAGAAGGAGUUUCGUGCUUCCUGCCGGCCAUGCUCACAACCAUGGGCGUCACCAGUACCGAUGUUGUCCUCGACAUGAAUCUCGGCAUCGCCAUUGCAUCAGGGAACUCUGCGGCCGUAGGAGCCCUCUUCAUGGACCGCUUCGGACGCCGUAAGAUGCCGAUCUCGUGCUGCGCAGUGCUGGCCCUCACAUGA